CUCUAACAAUAUACUUACGGGUGUUGCAUCGAAUGUCAUUGUAGAUUUAACUCAUAAUCCUCCGGCCCUAACACCAAUUCAUUUUCUGAUAAGAGGUUGGAAAAGCGGUCCUACAGUAUACUUGUAUAUAUAGGUUAAGUGCUACUUGUGAUAACUGAGAAGCAUAACUGAGUGUCUAGGGAGGAAAUAGGACCGAUGGCCAGUUCUCCCAUCAAUGUCUCCAUUAGCUUAGUCUUGUAUGCUCUUCUUGUUUCUCUUUCCCGAUUUCUCUCCUCCUCAAAUAAGGUCUUUGCUUUUGAUGGUGUCCAGAUUUUUCAUACAGUUCAAAUCAGCUCUCUCCGGCCAUCUUCUGUUUGCAGCCCCUCUACCGAAGAUCACAGCCGAAGGGGAUCACUGAAAGUUGUUCAUAGACAUGGACCAUGCUCUGAACGCAACCAAGACCAAGCCAGCGCUCCAACUUUGACAGAAAUCCUCUCACAUGACCAAUCCCGAGUCGACUCAAUUCAAGAUCGACUCAACUUCAACAAGGCCCAAAAAAUAUCCAAGGGAUCCCGAACCACCCUACCGGCCAAGUCCGGCAACUCAAUUGGCUCUGCUAACUACAUCGUGACGGUCGGACUUGGGACUCCCGCAAGGGGCCUAUCCCUCAUGUUUGACACCGGCAGCGGCCUUACUUGGACUCAGUGCCAGAAAUGCGUAAAGUGUUACAAACAGAAACAGCCCAUCUUCAACCCAUCCGUGUCCAAAUCAUAUAGAAACUUUCCUUGCAACUCAACACGGUGCUCUCAACUCACCUCCGCCACCGGAAUCUCCCCGGGCUGCGCCAACUCCACCUGCAUCUACGGCAUUCAGUACGGCGACUCCUCCACUUCCAUCGGAUUCCUCGCCUCCGAAAAACUAACCUUAACUUCCUCAAACGUUUUUCCAAAUUUUAUCUUCGGCUGCGGCAAAAACAACCGAGGCCUCUUCAGCGGUGCUGCCGGACUACUCGGCCUCGACCGCGAUCCAUUCUCUGUCGUCUCCCAAACCGCUUCCAGAUAUGGAAAGUACUUCUCCUAUUGCCUUCCAACACCGUCGAGCUCAGCCGGAACCCUAACUUUCGGAAAAGGGGUAACAAAUUCCAGCACUGUGCAAUUCACUCCGUCACCGGUUCAUCCAAAAGCGCGGUCGUUUUACUUCAUCAAUAUCAUCGGGAUUAAAGUCGGUGGACAGAAUUUAUCGAUCCCCCAAUCGGUGUUCAAGACUCCUGGCACGAUAAUCGACUCCGGCACCGUCAUCACCCGACUUGCGCCGGCGGCAUACGCUGCUCUCCGGACAGCUUUCCAGCAAGCAUUGAAGAAUUACACGUUGAUCGAAGGCAUAUCGAUUUUCGACACAUGCUAUGAUUUUACAGGUUACGACACGGUGACGAUUCCCAGGAUAAACUUCUUGUUCGCCGGGAACAUCGAGGUUCCGAUCGACAUAUCGGGGAUACUCUACGAUGUCGGCUUAUCGCGGUUUUGUCUUGCGUUCGCCGGAAACCGCGAUGCCUCCGACGUGGGUAUCUUUGGAAAUGUCCAGCAGCAGACUUUGGAUGUGGUUUAUGAUGUUGCUGGUGGUAAGAUAGGGUUUGGGACUGGAGGGUGUUCCUAAUUAUGGUGAAGAAGGUUCGGAGAAUAACCAGGCCCGUCUGUUAGGGGAGGCGAGGAAGGCAUGCGCCUUGGAAUAAAUUUUCCAAUGCAACAAUUAUUUGUAACACUUUUUUCACAUUGAGACGGGAUCCACACGUACAUGGGUUUCAUGUCAGGUGAAAGGCCCCAAAAUAUUUUUAAAUUAAGGGCCCCAAAAUGCGGUAGGGCGUUAUAUUAGGUAUGAAAAAUAAGCACAUUAUAUAAGUGUAAUUACUGCAUUUGUCUCUAAAAAUACUAGAAGAGUAUCUAAAACAAUAUGGUUCAGAUUUUUCU